UCAAGUUUGGUCCUACAGAGCUGCCGUAGUCGUCAUGUCCUUCCUGGUAGGAGUAGCGCUUGCUGUUUUACUAAUAACUUUUCUAAUUAUUAUCCGGUUAUAUGUUGUUGUGAAGAAUGGAUCAAGCUAUCAUCCUGGAGCUAAAGGUGCAGUCACAGUUCUCGUGGUUGCUGGAUCUGGUGGUCACACCACAGAAAUCCUGCGGCUUAUGGAGUGCCUGUCUGAAGCUUAUACACCUCGGCACUACGUCAUUGCGGAUACUGACAGGAUGAGCGAGGAGAAAAUCAACACCUUUGAAAGCUCCAAACAACAUUCAAAAGAGUCACAGUUCACCAUCUGUCGGAUACCACGGAGCCGGGAGGUGCAUCAGUCUUGGGGUUCCUCUGUUAUCAGCACUCUGAACGCCCUGCGGUAUUCCUUCCCACUAGUUUUCAGACUCAGACCUGACAUGGUGCUCUGUAAUGGCCCAGGGACCUGUGUUCCCCUGUGCGUGGCUGGACUCCUGCUUGGAAUUCUGGGAAUGAAGAAAGUCCUGAUCGUUUAUGUUGAAAGCGUUUGCCGAGUAGAGACACUGUCUCUCACAGGGAAGAUCAUUUACUGUAUAUCAGACUAUUUCUUUGUGCAGUGGCCGUCCUUGAGGAACAUAUACCCCAAAUCCAUUUUUCUUGGAAGAAUAGUGUGAAAUAGUGUGAUAUGCUCCACAUGCUAACAAAUUCAGUAUUACAUAUUUUGCAAUGAUUUUGGUAAAGCUUGGAAAUAAAUGAUUUAUUUUUUA